AUGUCUGACUUCUACGAUCAAAAGACCUCAGAUAAAGAGCACGCGACCGAGGAAUCAGGGACUGGGGCUUCUGCGCAUCGUCGUGUGACAGCACCAGUCAUUACCCCUGUCUUACCCGAGGACAGACCAUUCUCACAUGGUCUUCUCGACAAGGAUCCAGGGACGAGUGCUGCAAGAAAAGGCUGGUUAAAGAUCAGCAUUCUCGGUGUACUCGCCCUUUUUUUUAUGAUCUGGGGCGUUCUACCCAUUUAUUGGGCUGCUCUUGGUCGGUCGACUUUGACUGGUGGCGAAAUUGGGCAAGCAGUAACGCAGGCAUUCAAGAACGUUACUGGUCCGGAACAAAUGUCCUGGUUGAUAUUGGAUGCAGCGCAGUUUCCUGGUGGGCCAGAUGAGGUGGCCCAGGCUCUACUUGAUCAUAGAUGCUGGGCAGCUGUUACUGUCAAUCCCCAGGCUUCAGCUAAUUUGAAUGCGUCGAUCAAUGCAGCCAAUGCAUCGUAUAACACGACCCAAGCCGUGACCGCAUACCUCACCAGUGGUCGGAAUGAGAAUAUAUACCGAGGCGCCAUCACCCCACAGGUCACCUCAACACUGACCACCAUAACAUAUACAUUUUCACUCUCCUUCUCCCAAGGUUUAGCAUCAAGGUCAGAUAUCUCGACACUCCUCCAAACUGCGCCUCAACUGGUAAUUCAACCACUGGCUUUCACCAUUAAUGAUAUAAGGCCGUUCAAUGUCCCUGUGGCCGCGGCGGUAGACUAUGUUGGACUUAUCUACCUCCUGAUUUUGUCGCGUUUGAGGUUGCGACCUCUCAUCCUUCUCCGCUUGCUAUGGCCGGUCACUCUCUACUUCUUUGUCUCCCUAAUGUAUUCUCUGUUAAGUUUGGCGUUCGGAGUGCCAUUUAGCAGGAACUUUGGGCAUGCAGGUUUUGUCAUCUACUGGAUGAUGUCGUGGUGUAGCAUGUCCGCCUUGGGCCUCGCUCUCGAAUCUAUGAUCACCCUCCUCACUAUAAAAUUCAUUCCGAUAUUUCUUAUCCUCUGGAUUAUAUCUAAUGUAUCAGUUGCCUAUUAUCCGGUAGAAGUGCUGCCGGCCGUCUUUCGCUAUGGUUUUGCGAUGCCGUUCUACAAUGUUUCAAGCACAGUUCGGACGAUCAUUUUUGACACCAAGAACGAGAUCGGACUAAAUUUCGGUGUCCAAUUUUCGUGGAUUUUAAUAUCUUGUAUCACCCUUCCAAUAUUUCAAUGGCUCGUCAGACGACGACAAAUCAAGGCUCUGGAAGCGUCCCAAAGAGCUGCACGAGAGAAGGCAUAACAUGUGUUUCAUAUCGGCAUCUUUUGUUCCAGCAACUCAAACUGCUGGCCAGGGGGUGAAUACUUGGAGCACACAAGCCCGGUCCCGGACUAGUAUUAUAUAGUUAUAGUAAUGUCAUAUCCGUGAAGUCUACAUUCACAGUGCUUUACAUUCUACUACGCUAAUUUGAUGCACUGCACUUGCGUACGUAUAGAAUUUUGGGACAUUAUUGGAGUCGACGUUGGUUUCCGCCUUCUACUUAUACUAAUAGUGUUCAUAGAAUAUAAGUGUGUCCCGAGAUU